UAAACAAAACAAUACAGGGAGUAAUGAAAAAGACCAAAAGCAGAAAAAACAGAUACGUGUGAAUAAACAUUCACACGUAUUUAUGCAAAAUUAUAAACAUGUAUACAAUUGACCUGACAGUAUUGCCCACAGUGAUUCUUCAAAGGUUUUUUGUUUCACAGACAGAAUUAUAGCAAUUUAGAUAUAUUUGGUAGAAACAGCGGAAAUAUGUUAUAUGUUUUUAUCAGUUUGAGUGCUGUUAGACUCUUUUUUUUUAACCAUAGGCUAUCUGUCAACAUUUAGGUCUGACAAUAUGAUUUUCUUUCAGGGGCAGUGGUGGUGGUGGUGUUGCCAUUUUAAGUUCAGUCUGACGAUUUCAUUGCCUUCCAUCAAGCUAUAAAUAAUGUAGUCGCUGUGCAUUGGAGGAUUUGGAGGACUUUAUCUGGGCUGGAGGUACCUUUGUUGCACUUUUUGGGGGCUCCAAUCUAAAAUCUCACCUAGGUCCAACAGCUAAGUAAAACUGUGUACUUUUAUUCAUUGUCACCCUCCUGUGUGUGUUUGAUACAGUAUUGAGCAAAAUAAAUGUGAUUAUCAUUUUUGCUAUUAUCAUGCAGCCCUUCUAGGACUGGAGGUUCUAUUGUUGCACUUUAUUUGAGUGUGAAUCCAUAUUUGAAGGUCUAUGACUGGAGGUACUGUUGUAGCAUUUUGCUCAAUUCUUGUGUGCAAUUCUUGGAGUCUACAAUCUAAGAAAGAAAGAUGAAGGUCUGCACACUGUAGCUCCCUUAGAUGCAGUUUAAUGAGACAUCCACCAGUGACGUUUCAAGCCUCGUACAUGCUCUUCUUCAGACUCAGACUCAGACUUCUGGGUGGGGUCUACAAUCUAAAAUCUCACCUAGGGCACCAACAUAGUCAGGGCUGACCCUGGUUAGACUAUUCAAAAAUUAGACCAUGCUUUCUACAAUAGGGACUAAAACAUUAUAACUCUCCCAGAUUACUGAGGCAAUUUAUGUCCAAAGGUUAACUGAAUGAGUGAAAACUAAAAAAAACACAAAAAGACACAAAAAAAUCUGUCAAAACAUUGAUUUUAUUGUGUGGAAAAAUUACUUUCCAAUACAAGGAGAUAAAGGAUUCUGGCAGUUUCUUUAUAUAAUGAACAAAUCCUAUGAAAAGACCAAAAACAACAAUGAAUUGAUCCUGUAGGUAUAUUGCCUGUGUGCCUUGCCUGAUACAUAUUAUUAUAUCUAUGCCAUAGAGCUCAAUUGUCCAAUAAUCCAUUGCUGAAAAUAGUCCCUAACAAACAGGCCUUUGCUAUUUACUCCUGUUUGACAAACCUUUGCUAAAAUCUACAGUGCCCAACUGUUAAAUAAAAUUACUGAGCCUUAAAAAUUAAACUAAUUGUGACAUCUUUAGUAGAAAAGAAUGAACCUGAGUUCAGUAUUAGACUGGUGUUGGUUGUCAUCCUUUUAUUGAGUUUACUGACAAUAAGAAAAUAUGCAAAACUCCAGCAUUAUCCUUUAAAACAUUCCAGAUAUGAAAAUAAUUACAGCAUUUAUCCACCAAGCCAUAAUCUCGGGAAUACUCAUAAGGAAGUUUAUUUUUCUAUUUUUACUUUAUCUUAACGGUCAAUGCUUUUAUACACACAGUCAGAAGAAAACGGUCAAAUGUACAUUUAUGGUAAAAACACAAUUUCCCACGUCGCUUUGCGGUAAGGACAACAAAGAUGGCGAUUCAGCUCAGAGGUACUAGACGUGAUGUGAAUUGUCAAACGUACAACAGAUGAGCUAAAGGACUGAAAACCCGCACAGCACUGCAGAAAAAUCACCACUGCGGUGCAGCAACAGCACACUGACCUGUCUACGUCGGUAGAUUAACAGACUAGAUGCCCUCUCCGAAAGCAAAAAACCCCGGUCGCAGCGGAGGAAGCCCGGUGUUUGGCAGCUCCAACGGCCGCUACGAGUUCAUGUCGCUGACGAAACCGCUAAACCGUUCCUCGACGCCGCCGCACCUCCUCCAGCGGCAGGGCUCCGACCCGACCACUGCCCGGCUCCGAGCCUCGGAGAGCCCCACUCGGCGCCGGGGCUCCAGCUCCUCCACCGGCUCGGGGAGCGGUCAGGGGAUGCCGGAAGAGGACGGUAUACGGAUCAACCCCUCUUUCAUCCGCGUAGCGCUCAGCUCGCUGCUCGCCAUCGACCUGUGGCUGUCUAAGCGGCUGGGGGUGUGUGCCUGUGAGGACUCGUCCUGGGGCAGCGUGCGCCCGCUAAUGAAACUGAUAGAGAUAUCGGGACAUGGCAUCCCGUGGCUGGCUGGCACCGCCUACUGUCUGUACAAGAGUGACAGUGCUGCAGGACAAGAAGUCAUGCUCAACCUCUUCAUGGGUCUGCUGUUGGACCUGGUCCUGGUCGCUAUUGUCAAGGCUGUGGUGCGCCGGCGUAGGCCAGCGCAUAACCGCAUGGACAUGUUCGCCACCUUCUCCGUGGACCGCUACUCCUUCCCUUCCGGCCAUGCCACCCGCGCUGCCAUGUGCGGGCGGUUCCUGCUGGCACACCUGGUGCUGGCCGCCCCCCUCAGGGUCCUCGUCCUGCUGUGGGCUAGCAUGGUGGGGCUGAGCCGAGUGAUGCUUGGCAGGCACAAUGUGACUGAUGUGAUGUUUGGGUUCUGGAUGGGCUAUUGCCAGUACAACCUGGUGGAGAUGCUUUGGCUCUCACCUCAAACCCUGCAGGGGCUACUGGGACAGUUAGCUUAACGUUGAGGACUGAAGGAGAUGGAGAUACUGUCUGUUUAAAUCUUGAUGGAAAGAGCUCCUGCACACGCUUUUGUCUUUAAGACAGAUUUAUAAGAAAAAUGUCCUUUGACUAGAGAAGAGCACCCUGUCACACAGUUUUCUCCUGCUGUUUCAUUACUCUAUUACAGUAGCCUCCAAAAGUACAGGAUUUUAAUCAGAAUAGACCAGAGAGGAACAAAUCUAAUCAGUUUACCUCCUGAAGCCACCUCACUCACCUCUACCACCCUUAGCAGCCUGAAUCAUGGGCAAUAUAAAGUGUAUAAACAGUUGUUCUAGACACUGAACAUUAUUUAAACUGCAAGUAUAUUUUUGCUACUAAGGGAAUGUUAAGUUCAGUUCAGAUAUUUAUUGUCCCACAAGAAGAAAUUCUUUUUGCAGCAAGGCAGCAUAUAAACACAAACACAAGAAACAGUAAGACAGCUGAGUACAUGUAAGUAAAUUUAAUCAAGUGGGGUCUAUGAGCUCUCCACUUGUGGAUCUGACUAGACACCCCCUGUAAUUUCACAGCACAGAGGAGAGGUUAAACAAUGAAUAAUAAUUAUUAUUAUUAAAUGAAUAAUAAUUAACAUGAAUGCUUUACUUUGGAAAAAGAAUAAUACCUAUAAUAAUAGCUUAUAUACUUUAUUCAGUUAAUGUAGAGGCAAACUAGCCUGACAUUGCCAGACUAAUUCACACUAAUAUGCGAAUUCAUAUUAGGAUUUCCAAGGGGCGAUAUCAACAGGCAGACCAAAAUUCCUCUGCACACAACAGGAUAGACCUACAACCAAUCAGACCACAUUACUGCUAAACAGUACACUAAAAUAUGUUUGUGAAAACAUUUGAGGCAACGCAGUAACAGAAUCGUGAUCCAUAUUUGAUCAGCACUGCCUAGUUUGACAGUUUGAUCUGAGUUUUGUGAGUCUGGUGUAUUGCGCUUUGUAGACUUUUUUCCUCAACUUUAUUUACAACAGUUAAACUCAAACAACAGACAACCCCCAGACCUGCAGACUGUCAGUCAUCGUAUCAAACACGUCACCUGUUUGAUAAAUGGUUGUGAACCAGACAGUUCCAGGCCGGGUGGAAAUCGUUUGGAAUGUGGGGGCGGCCAGAUGCAUCUGCCAGAGCAAGUAAAAUAUGAGCUCAGCAGAUUCAUCUGGUUCCCAAGCUAUGAUACUGUACUUUAACACUAAUAGUAUCAAGUAGAAACUGCAAUUGACUAACUGUGUGCAAGUAGGAUUUAUAUGCCGAGUGUGUUACAGGUCACAAACAGUGUCCACACUGUUAGGCUCUUCCUUUAGGCCAGUUUUACCCACUGAUUCAGGGUUCAUGGGAGCAGCUUCCCCGACCUGUCUUCAGUUUUUGUCUUUCUUCAGCACAAUUUCAAGGAACUGAGCUUGAUAUUAGCCUGUUGAUUUGCCCGCCCAGCAGUUUAUGCUGCUAUUCCCCUUCAGUCCUCAAAGAUCUUCUCUCCUUUCAAAAAGCACACUCAACUUUUACUUCCCUCUUCCUCACAACGACAUCUGAUAGGAUUAGACACUGUUGUGGAUAUUUUGAGUGAUCAUCAAAGUCAUCUGCAACUUGGAUGCUGUCUCUUUCCGUUCUGCCCCAUGAAGGUCUGACCCUUAGUCUUUAACCUGAGCAGAUCAGCCUACAAUAUGAAAAAAUAGUCUAAUUGGUUCACUAGUUUCUAAACAAGGAACUGCAUUUUACCCGCGUCAGUUCAGGUCACGUUGCAUGGAACUUCAGGUAACCAUCAGCACAUUCUGGCUAUGCAUUCCACCUAUCUGUGUUGUCUAGGAAAGCCCCCUCCAACCUUGGUGACAAUGGUAAUGCUGAUUUACCCUUUAUCAGAGAGGUUUGUGCUUUCCCCAAAACAUCACAGACAGCUGGAGUCUCAAGGAGAGGAGAGAAUAUCUCCUUCCUGCAUAAGAUUUACAGUGUGACCUCAAAGCCCAGGCUUGACCCAAUGUAACCCAAUUUGUAACCCCUAGAGAUGGAAAAUUCCAUAACAGACACUACAUUGUUUCAAGGGGACUAACCCUGACCCUCAUAAACAUUAAUUUCACCAAUUUAUUUCUCUAUGUCAUUCUCAUUUAUUUGACAGUAUCACAGUUUCAUUAAUAAUCAACCACAUCAGAUCACAUACCACUGAUUUACUAACUCAACUCUGAUGGAUUACAUAUGCUUAACCUCAUUGUUAUCAUGUCAUACACAUAAACAUAAAUCAAUCACUGUUGUCAUUAUAUCAAAUAUGUGCUGUAUAUACGUUUAAGGUUUAGUAUUUCAACACCAAAUCACUACCUUUAUUUACUAAAAAUGUGUCUCCUUAUAAAGGGAAAAAUAUCUGAGGAGGGUCUAAAAACAGAAAUGUCAUAAUUUUUAACAGUUUAUUGCAAUAAGCAGUGUGUGGGAGUCCUCUUCUCUAGGCAUUGAUAGUUUCAAAUGAUGUAACAAGGCUGAAGUCUCAGUAAAGUACUGACUUACUUUUACAUUUGUAAUAUGAGGAAAGAAAGCUUUAUAUUGAAUGGACUUGAGUCAAAGCAGUAGGGUGGUACAUACUGUAUCUUUACAUCUUCAUUGUUAAGUAGUGAGCCAUCCAUUCACUAAAGACAACGUGCCAAACUGAAGAAAGAUCACCACAGUCUGGCUUGGUUUAUGUUGAAGUUACAGAUUGGUAAGAAGAGAGAAAUUAUAAUUGAAUGAUGAUGAUAAUAAGAUUAACAGCUAUGACUUGUGAGCGGUAGCAAUCACAGCCGAUCGAUCCAUCCAGUGUGAUGCAGAUGUAUGGGUGAUUAAAAACAUAUCAGUGCUCACGGGGAACUCUAAGAUAUGUUCCGUUUAGUUGAUGGGUUUCCAUCACCUGAGAUUUUGUUCAUAAAAGUGGCAACUUGCUAACAUUUUGCACUGUGAAACCAUUCCUAAAGACACUGGCAUUGUACUUUUCUUCCAUUAUUUUGCUCCAGCCAUGUUUCCAAGCACUGCAAUAAUUUUAACCUCACAGACCAGAAUAGAUUAUUCAUUAGUAGAUUUUUGACACCAUAAUACCAGAAUGUAAAACUACGCACGUCAUUCCCUUUCAGAGUCUUGGUAGCAUGCAGUUUUUUAUUUGGGUUAGUGAGGGCAUGUUAACUGUUUAAUUUGUUAUGUAACAGCCUGGUAUACUGCCAGGCUUCAUGGAUCAGUGACCAGAAUUGGAAGGUACUGAAAACUUUAUUCCCUGCCGCAUGUUGACCUACUGACUGCAUCUGAUUUUGUGUGCGUGUGCGUGUGCGUGUGCGUGCGUGUGUGUAUGUGUGUGUGUGUGUGUGUCUUUAGGUGCAUGCACUAUUUCCCAGAAGCAGCAUGUUUGAUGAUUAAUCCACUGAUAGACCUACUGACUGAAUGCCAGUCUGAGAUCCAACAUUAAUGUUAAAACUUCCAAGUGACGCCAGCGGUCAAGAUGUUGUAACACAGAUGUGUGUUUGACGUUAGCACGGUCUUAGAGGCUGUUGACCCAUGUGUAAGCGAUUAAAAGUUGCUGUGUAAUGUUUUGUGCCCUUGGCUGUUACAUGUGUAGUUAAAACUGAUCUGAUAUUGCUUUUAAUAACCAGAAAAUCAUUUUAAAACAAAGUCAGACAACCAAAUCUGAAAAGCUUGUGACUUUUUGGGGGGAUGUGUUGUUCAAGAAAUAAUUUCACUUAUUUUAAACUAACCAUGAGAAUCAGUAUAUUAGCCUACGUACUGUACACGUCAUCAGGCUUUUUAUUUUCAGUGAACUGGCAAGUGAAUCAAAAUUAACAGUCAAGCCAAAGGGCAACUUCCCACCUUAAACCUGAGUUUUAUGGUCAGUCAAGUAUCAUAACAUGUAACUGUUGAGCUUAAUCCAAUACUUGAUGUUGGACUGGGCCUAAAAUGAUUUAAAGAAAAGUAAAGGAAGUGUUGUGCAUGUUUUACUGCUACUGAUCCAUUCAUUCACUAUGGUCUCCUGGCUGAGUGACUCCAGGCACAUCUCUAGACUUUGUGUGUGUGUGUGUAUGUAUGUGUGAGAGAGAGAGACCUGACCACUUCUUGCUUACUUAACACACUUAUAUUAGAACUGCCAGAAACUAGAACUUGUUCUUCUGCAGGUGCAUCCUAAUUUCUGUUUAUUGGUCAACUUGAUUUGUACAUUAAUCAGGACUUUAUAUAUAUGGUUUCUGUGUGAAUGUAUUUCAACUUAUUACAAUCUUUUGACAGAAAGAAUGUUUAGUUCUCAUGUCUGUAGUUUUUACUAAAAUUGUACUUUACUUUCUGAAAGGUUUUUGACUGUGGCUUGUUUGGACCAGAUCCAGGUAUCAGGUUUGAAACAACAUAAUUUAACAGACUGUUCCCUGGUACACUGCCCCAAUUGUCGACUGUUUCAUUGACCUAUAACAUGCUGUGCAUUCUGCAAUAAUUGACCAAUGAGCUUCCCUGUGUGAGCGAUAAGACGACCAGCGAGAGGUGGUAGCUUCCAGCCCUUUUUAUUUCAUGACGCUUCUGUGAUAAAUCUAAAUAUGCUGGAUAGUGAACUUUGCAACAAAAUGAUUUUUAUGGUUAUUUUUUGUGUUGUUUUUCAUGUUGACAAUGAGAAGAAACUUAAACUUAAGAAAAAUAUGUUUAUCACAAUGACUACAGGCACAAUAUAUUUAUGUGUGUUAUGAGUAGAUGUUGCACAUUCCACAUGUCACCUGUUUACUCUCAAGCAAAAAAAAAAAAACACCAGUAUCAAGAGAGAUACAUUUUGUUUGUUUAUUAAGUCAUUGAGUAUUGAAAAAAUGUCACAUCAAGCUCUAAAAUUAUGAAAUGUCUUGGUUGCACAGUGUCAAACAUGAAUAAUGUUCACUGCACUCAGUUUUGCCUGCUUAUACACUAUAAAUGAUAUUGUGUGUUUUACUGUAUAGACGUUAUAUUUAUGUAUCUUAAUGUAUAUACAUAUGCCUGUAUGGUCAUGUGAUUAUACUGUGUUAUGUUCAAUGAAUUUGAGUGUUAUAGCAAUUAUUCAUGAAUGAUUUGAUUGUAAUUAUUAUUUUUAAUUAAAUGGGGAACAAAACAAAUUGUUGCAUGUCAUGUAUGACAGAUAGAUGGAUGGAUAGAUAGAUAGAUUGACGUGUACGAUCUUUGUUACUCAGUUACUCAUCAGCACUCUUCCAUAUUCCACCCACUUGAUUUAACUCAGAUGACACAAAUUGAACUUUAGUCAAAGUUAAACCUAUUGGAUUUGGGUCAACACAGUUAACCUUGAUAGUUGCCUUUUUCGGGCAGGAUGGGAAAAAAAAAAAGAAACCGUCAAAGUAUAAAAGUCUGUUCUUUGAUAAUGCUCGUCCCACUUGACCGGCACUCGAAGCCAACAUACAAGAAUCAAGGUAAGAAGGAAAGCUCAUAUUCUUGUAGUUCUGGUUUAUUCUACUGCAGAGUGAUGGUAGUUUUAGUGCCGCUGUGCAGAUAGUUGGUAAUAUUUUAGUGA